UCUCAACUCUCAAAAGCUCCCGUCAGGCUAAUUAUCAACUGAACGCUCGCAAAAUCCAGCAUAUGCAGAAUUCGUAUCGGCGCAGGCACGGCUCUGUCCCCUUCGGACAACCUCCCAUCCCACUCCUGCUUUUCCUUAAGUGCGUUCCUUUCCAAAUACUGAUCAAGUGGAAAGCCAUGAUCUGCCCUUCCUAAUAACAACCAUCCAGAGAUGUUAGUCCACACCUAUUCCGCCAUGGACCGGCAUGAUGGAGUCCCCAGCCACAGCUCCAGAUUGUCCCAGCUGGGCUCUGUCUCCCAGGGACCCUAUUCCAGCGCCCCGCCGUUGUCUCACACCCCGUCCUCGGAUUUCCAGCCGCCUUACUUCCCACCCCCCUACCAGCCUCUUCCUUACCACCAAAGCCAGGACCCGUACUCCCAUGUCAAUGACCCUUACUCCCUAAACCCCUUGCAUCAACCCCAGCAGCACCCUUGGGGACAAAGGCAGAGGCAAGAGGUGGGAUCAGAAGCCGGCUCACUGCUGCCACAGCCUCGGGCCGCCUUGCCUCAGCUCUCGGGACUGGACCCCAGGCGGGACUACCACUCAGUGAGGCGGCCAGAUGUUCUCCUUCACUCGGCACACCAUGGCCUGGAUUCCGGCAUGGGAGACAGCCUUUCUCUGCAUGGCAUCGGACACCCAGGAAUGGAGGACGUGCAGUCAGUUGAAGAUGCCAAUAACAGCGGUAUGAACCUAUUGGACCAGUCUGUCAUUAAAAAAGUUCCAGUUCCUCCAAAAUCUGUUACUUCUCUGAUGAUGAAUAAAGAUGGCUUCCUGGGUGGAAUGUCAGUCAAUACCGGAGAGGUGUUUUGCUCAGUACCUGGCCGCUUGUCCUUGCUCAGUUCCACUUCAAAGUAUAAAGUAACCGUGGGAGAAGUUCAAAGACGCCUCUCGCCUCCAGAGUGUCUGAAUGCAUCCCUCCUAGGAGGAGUACUUAGAAGAGCCAAAUCGAAAAAUGGGGGGAGAUCGUUGAGAGAGAGGCUAGAAAAAAUCGGUUUGAAUUUACCAGCCGGCAGGCGUAAGGCCGCAAAUGUCACUUUACUCACCUCCCUGGUGGAAGGUGAAGCUGUUCACUUAGCUCGGGAUUUUGGAUACAUCUGUGAAACGGAGUUUCCAGCCAAAGCUGUUUCCGAGUACCUGAACAGACAGCACACGGACCCCAGCGAUCUCCACUCCAGGAAGAACAUGCUCCUGGCUACAAAGCAACUUUGUAAAGAAUUCACGGAUCUCUUGGCCCAGGACAGGACACCCAUUGGCAACAGCAGACCCAGCCCUAUUUUGGAACCAGGCAUUCAGAGCUGCUUGACUCACUUCAGCCUCAUCACCCAUGGCUUUGGGGCCCCAGCCAUCUGUGCUGCCCUCACAGCCCUCCAAAACUACCUGACUGAAGCUCUCAAAGGCAUGGACAAGAUGUUCUUGAACAACAACACUGCUAACAGGCACACAUCUGGGGAAGGACCAGGUAGUAAAACUGGAGACAAGGAAGAGAAACACAGAAAAUGAAAAAAAGGAGAAAAAUAAAUAAAUAAAAGAGAGAGAGAGAAUCUUUUAAAACAAACAAAACAGUUUUAAUUUUAGCUUUAAAAUAUUGGAUUGGGAUUUGGAAGAAUUAUAUUAGGUAGGACAAAAAUAAUAAUAAAAAAGAAAGACAAUAACUUAAGAUCAGAGGCGCACAAUGGAGCAAGAACAGUGGCUCAAUGUCUCUUACACGGAACAUUUGAAGACAACCACCAGGAUUUUUCCACUUCUGUUCUCACUUUUUUUAAUGAUUUUUUUGGGAGGGAGGGGGCAAAAUAAAAUAAUAAAAGGAAGAAAUGAAUAACUUAUUGGAAGAAAUCAGAGAAACGCUUUGGUGUCAGUGCGUUGGUUUCUUGUUUGGGCUCAGAUGUACAGUCUAUUUUUUUUUAAUCAAACAGUGUCCUGUGUCUACACUAGGGAAAACAAAAAAUCUUCCAGUAAUAUUAUCUGGGACAUUUCCAUUCCUAGCAUCAGCACCCCUCACUUCCAACCCUGCCCUCAUCUUACCUUGCUCCUCUGGAUCUAUAUAGACUAGAAAAGGGGCUGGUUUGGGUAGCAAAGGCUACACUAUGACUUGCUAAUAGAAUUGUAAAUGUAUUAAACUGUUUCUACAUUAAUUACAGUGUCUACAUUAAUUACAGUACAUUGGGUGUUUCAAGUCAUAUUAGCUCAAUCCAGUUAACUAACUCGAUUUUUAAAAGGCACCCUUUUUUCCUGGUCUAGACAGACCCUCUGUUUAGAUUACCAGUGUUUACAACUAUACAUGUAUAAUUUGGUAUUUAGCAUUGAUGGCAAAACUGCAUUGGCUCUUAGGGUGCAAAAUUUGAAAAUAAGGUCCAGUAAGAUGUUAAUGCUGUUUAAAACUCCUAAUCUUAUAUUUAAGGUAUCCUAAUUUCCUCUAAAGGGUUUAUAUUCCCAACAAUGCCAAUGUCUCUACAUUUAAUUUGUUCUAAUAGUGUGGGUGUAUUGAGAGAGAUCUACCCAUUUUUUUUAAAAGAAGUGCUAGUAACAAAAAUUGAGUAUGUAAUUCCUUCUCAGGAGUAUGCACUAUUUUAUUUUCUUCUGUUUCCCAAAGCUUUGCCCGCUUGGCUUAUGAGCUUCUUCAAAGAGGACUAGAGCUCCCUACACAAUAUAUCAGGUACAGAGAAAAAUAAUCCACGAUUCUAAUACUUUUUUUUUCUUAAAUCAAAGCCAGUGGUUUCAGAAUUCUGCAGGUGUACUUCUUUAAAGAAGCUCAAAGGGAAUAAUUGAAACCAGAUUAAAAAUAACUGAAAUCGAGAUGUAAUAUUAAGAAGAAGAAUACCGUUUUGUCGAAGGGUUGUUGCAAACACUUGCUUGGGCAUUAGUGUUUGAUACACAAAGCGAAAGGAGUUGCUAAAUGCAAUUGUGUGGGUGCCUACUAGGGGCGGGGUGGGAUUGCAGGAGAGUGUCCUGAAUGACUAUCUCACUCUGAGGAAAUCUAUUUCUCUCUAGAAAUUUAUUAAGAUGUUUCUGUGACUCUUGUUUUAGAACAAAUGCAAUAGGAGGAAAAAAUAGCACCGAUGUUGUGGGGUUUGUUUGUUUUUGUUUUGCAGUCAUUGGGUGCAUUACAUGAUGUUUUAUGACUAAUAUACAUUUUAAAGACAUGCCCUUCUAUGGCAUAUAUGGGAAAUAAUACUUCUGCUUAAGGAGAUGAAUUUCAGCUUGGAUUGUUCAGUCUUGGAUAAUUGUAUUUAUUCAGUGGGGUAGAGAUUCAUGCAUUAAGGAAUCCGUUCACAUGUCAGAAAAGCUACUGUCGCUGGGUGAAAUCUUGGCUCCAUUUAAGAUAAUGGCAAAGCUCCCAUUGACUUCAAUGGGGCUAGGAUGUCACCCUCUAUUUCAACUUGAGAUCAGAUACUGAAUUCAUUGUGUCUCAGGCAGGUCUGAAAUCCCAAAGAGAAGAAAGUCAAACAUUUGGACGUGGUCUUUAUUUUCUAAAUAACGGCAGGGGGGGGGUGAAUUUCGUGUAAAACUAUUGCCCCUUUCUCCAUUUCCCCAACAAUUAUUUCUUAAAACAAAUAAACGAACAUGCCUUUCGCUUUCCAGACCCAUCCUCACGUGCUUAGCUACGAAUACCACACUUCCUAAAUACUUACAUUUGAUAUCCUCUUUGGCUUUCCUACCCUUGCUACGGUUAAUAUAGAGGAUUAUCUUCAAGCAGUAAGAGGAGAAAUUUACCUUGCGUUUCAAACCAGGGACUGGAGCAUGCAUAAAACCAACCCUACUGGACUUAAUUUACAGGAUAUCCCCAUUCCAGCCAAUGGGAAUAUUAACCCCGUACAAUUUAGCCCUAAUUCAAUCCUAAUUUAAAUCUCAGGGGACAAACAUUAUUAUCCCCAUUCUACAGAAAGGGUAAACUGAGGCUCAGAAAGGUUAAGUGUCUUGUCCAAAGGCUCACAGCAAAGCAGAGACAGGAUUAGAAUCUAGGCGCUCCCAGCUACGGCGGAGAGGCAGAGCCAGGUCACUGAGAUCUUUGGUUCUACUUGUUCACACAGCAUCUGAACAGCUGGGACCAAAUCCUUCCCAGUAGUCCCCUUAAUUUCACCGGGACACUCCUGUAAGAGAAGUCAGCGGUCUUUAGCCUAUGGACAUCAUCAUUCAGUCUCCUUACAAGACAGCCUACCCACCGCCUCUGUGAUGUGGGGGGAAACACUUGAGUGGAAAUUAAUCACAACAUUCCUUGCAAGGCAAGUCUCUCGUUUCUGUCCGUUAGAGACAGUUGUGUUUCUGGAAACCAAUCACCAACUAGUGCAGCAGAAGCUGGUCUAUGUCAAGAGCAUUUACCACGUGCCAAACAGGCAUAGCUAAAAACUCUCCAAGGCGCAGCAGCCGAAGUGGGCUUAUUGAACACAAAAGGCGUUGUAUUGAGCACAAAUGGCUAUCAUUGCUUCAUAUUUAUGAAAUAGCUCCCAGAAGCCCCAAACACCACCAGGUCCCCAUCUGUACAAAUAGAUAUGAAGACACAGUUCCUGCCCUAAAGAGUUUACAGUUCAACUUCUCUAUGUUGUAGCCUAUCUGAAAAGGGUAUGCCAUUUGCAAGAAUUUCAGAGCAGAUACACUAGAAACGCACUAUAAGAACUCCGAUCUCGCCCUUGCUGAAAUCAAUGGUAAAACUCCCUUUGAGUUUGGUGGGAGCAGGAUCGGUCCCGUGAGAUUUGAUCCAAACCCAGUGAAGUCAACAGGAGUUUAAUUCAACAGACUUUGGAUUAGUCUCCAAUGAAACAUAUCUAGGGGGUUGAAAGAGUCAGCCACGACCUGCUCUCUCCUUGCUCGGGCAAACAACCCCUUGACUUCAGUGGAACAUUUCCCCACCCCCUCAUGCCGGUAAUGAGAGAAAGCUCGUGGACAUUUCUAAAUUGCAAAAACAUGGCAUGGGUUUAAAACCUAAUUGAUUCCCCCAUAAUCUAAUAUUUGGCAACUGGUAGCAGGCGUCCAUUACUGAUUAUUAUAACUUUGUUGAACAAUUUAUCCCUCUAAACGCAUAAUUCAGCCUCCUGCUCUCAAACUAUCGCUAAAGUAUAACUUAAUUGCAAGGCAUUACCCAGUCUUUUUGCACUUCCCCAGACUAGGCACCUUUGACGUUUAUCUGAUAAUUGAGUUAUUAAAAGAUUUGGUUUCCUCGGGAUCAUAAAUCAAUAAACAGGAGGAUUAACAUGACAGCUUUGCUUUUAACUCAAGGGAAACGUUUAAGGAGAGACCUUGAAAAGUUUGUUUUAAAACCAAACAGGUGGGUUACUGUAAAUUUAAUUUCCCCCUUAAACAAUUUGUUUAAUAUAUACAUGUAGAUCCCAUGUUCAACAACUCAGUUCCUGUGCCACCUGCAGCUUUUCUGAUAAGCCACAUGGUUAUUAACACGAGAUAUAAACGAAUCCGGAGGCUAGUUUUAUGGCACGUAGGAUGGGGGAAAAACCUGUGUAUUUAAUUAAUAUUGGGCCAUAUCAUGUCACCAGAAGUCUCUAUUGAACCAAAAUCUGAUAGCGCAAUAGGGUCCCUGACCAGAGAUUAGUCGGGCAAUUAAAUGUACCUGUGUGUCUAUAUAUUUAAAUAAUUACCGUCUUGUAUCUUGAACAAAUUCUAUAACAAAAUACCUUGAGCUUGUUUUUUUUUAGUUCUGCAGCCCUGAAAUAUGCUCACGAAUUUGAAAACGACAGAGCUGUUAAGACUAAAAGUUACCCUGCUCAUGUUUUCUGAAAAGCUUUGCUUAGAUUCUUAUUUUGUACCAUUUUAAUCUUUUGUUAAUUGGGGGGGGGGAGGGGGAGGAAACACUAGCUUACUUCGAUCCAGUAAUGGUCCUAAAGAUCUCCAGAGCUACUGAAAAAGUAGUUUUCUGUUACCCUGUUAUCCAACAAAAUACCCCUUCUGACUUAAAGGGACACUAAUUUUUUUUUCUAUUUUCUUAUACCAAUGUAAAAGAAAACAUUAUAAAAAACCCCACAUUUUAGAAAUAUCUGACGGUACAAAAGAGCCUAUCUAUCGUAACCCCUUGUGUGCCAAAGUAUGUCUACAUGUUAUAAAAAUAAAAAACACAAACAAAAAUAACUAUAAACAUUAACCUAAAAACUGAAAACGUGGGAACUGAUACCACCCUCCUUUCUAUGCCAAAAUUGAUUCCUUUUUGGAUCACCUUGAAUAGUGAGAAAUAUCAGCUGAGCGACUCUUCCUAAAAAAAGAAAUGCGGAGGGGCAUUCAAUGUUAAGUUUGUACAUAUUUAUUUAUGCUUAAUUUAACGGGAAUGUGUAAAUAUGGCGAGCAAGUAGUUUUGAGUUAUUUAUCUGUGAAUCUAUACCUCUGUGAAUGGGUGGGGGGAUUUAAAAACAAAAAAAGAAAAAAAGAAAAAAGAAAAAAAAGAGAAAAAAACCGCUUGACACUAGAUAGUAUCCUAUCUGAAUUUUUUUUUCUGUUCUUUAUAGACAAGCUGUUAUGGUAAUGGGUAGAAAUUGGUUUCUUGUCCAGUGAUGACCUGAUUUACAUAAAUAAUAAGAAGAAUAAAAAUUGUUGUGUUUUGUUGUAUUUUCCUCUUCAGUUUUUUUUGAAUGUUGGUGCUGCUUCAGUUCUGCAGACGGAUUUACUUAUAACGCCAAGAAGUCUUUAUUUUCCCAAUCUGGGCUUUGGGAAAAUUAGGAUAUGUCUCUACAUUAAAAAAAAUGACAAUAAAUAUUGCUUCUCAGAAA